AGCGCGGCGUGGUUAGUGGAGGCUGCGAGUAAGCUGAAUUCUCUCGCCCAUUUCAUACUCCCUCAAACCCUACCAUACCCCCCCUCUCCUCUCUCUCCUCUCUCUCUCUCUCUUCAUCAGAUCUAACAUUGCUAAGCCAUGGGAGAGUCGUCGAACUACCUUGUAUCGGAGCUCUGAUUCACUACCAAUUACCUCCAAUUUAAUUCCUAAAACCAUCAAGUUCCUCCACUGCAGAAUUGCCCCAUCGAUGGGGAAAAGCGAGAUGGAGCAGCUGACCUUUGAAUUGAACCAUGAUUCUUCCAGUUUGUUGCUUCACCUACGGCAAGGGAUCAGGAAACCAGUACAAAUGCUUAGUAGAUUGUGUCAAGACUAUUGUUAGGGAAGAGGGGGGCCCUGCCCUUUUAAAGGUAUUCACAAACUUCCUGUUAAUUGUGAUGAUGCAUGCAACAUGGCCAUACGAAGAAUUCCAGAGUAGGAGAAUAUUGUGUUGUAACUUGGAACUUCUGAAAUUUGAACCUAUAAAGUUGAGAACAAUGAUGAUACUGUUGAUGGUGGAGGGGCUCCGGUUUUCACAUUUUUGUCCAUCUCUGCACAUGGGCUCGGUAUGAGGAGGAUGACACUCAUUCAAAGAGAGGUGUUCUCCUGCUGUAUAGAGCAAGGUGGGCAACGGAUAGGAGAAGGGUGAUUAUUUUUUAAUAUUUGUAUGAACUUAAUUACAAUUGAGGUGGGUUAUUGUUAGUUUGGCUUGUCAGCUCAAAGUUUUGGUUGACAUUUUUUGUUUAUUGAUUUAGUCAGGUACUGAGUAUUGUUCAUCGUUCAUCUGAUUGUUUUAAUUAGGAUAGAAAUGUGGAUGUAAUAUGUAGAUUGAUUGAAUAUCAAUUGUUGGUUUGGCUUAGAA